UGAGAGCAAUGCAGACUUACAUUUUAGUCCUGGUACUUUCAAUAUACCUAAGGACGUCCUAUUCAGCAGCCUGCGAGGGAGAUGAUUGCCAACCCCAGUGCGCUUCUUACUGCUUUGGUGUUUUGAACCCGUGCAUGUCGAACCUGGCCAACCUACAACGUCGCACGGAGGCCUGUGAAGCAGCCGUUGCUAUUGCGAGAUUAGCUCUUAAUGAUCGAAGGCUGGAUACCUUUGGUUCUUCAUUAACGACGCAACCGGAAAAGAAAAAUACCUCGCAACUACUUUUGGCACCUACACCCGAAGCCCGAAAAUUGGAAAGAACUGACCAUUUUCAGCAACUGGGCAGUAAAUAUUACUACAUUGAAAAAGAAAAUAAGGCUAACUGGCACGAGGCCUUGGAAAAAUGCCAUAAAAUGGGUGGCUAUCUAGGCAGUCUUCAAAAUCAAGAGGAAUUGGAUGCCUUUAGUGGCAAGUUAGAUGGUCUAAAUCGCUACUGGAUUGACGUGACUAGUCAGUUCAAGGAUGACGAAUUCGUGUCUAUAACUAAAGGAUUGAAAGCUAACUUUCUGAGUUGGGCGCCGGGUGAACCCACCAAAGACGGCCAGUGUGUGGAUAUACGAACCUUUAAUGGGAAGACUACCAUGAAUGAUAAUACGUGCUCGACAAAUCUUUUUUUCAUCUGCGAGAAAUCGAAUGAAAUAUAGGUGCUAACUUAUUUUUUACUUGAA